UGCGAAAAUGAGAGGGAAGCUAUCCCGCCAUUAGGCAACUGCAUAAUCCUAUACGGCCUUCGAAGCUCAGUUGGUACGGCGAGUGCCGACUUUUUAAUCAUUCUCGAUUUGAUUCGUUGGAGAGCAGAAGCAAAAUAUUCCACUGAUUCAGUAAAUUGUGAUGUCAUUUGUCAAGGGAAGAGAAAAUUACUGGAACCUCUUCAGCAUGUUAAAGAGAUGAUUAAUUCGAAUCAAAUAAGUAGGAGUCAUCUCCCUGAAGUUCAGAAACCUAAAGGUCCUCAAACUAAUUGGUCUGAACACGCAAAGGCGCUCGAGAGUACAUCGUUUCUGAGCUCCAAUUUCCUCUACGAUCUAGAAAGUCAAAAGCCUAGAAGAGAUAGAGAUAUGGCUGCAAGGGCAAUUGCGUUUCCCAACGUGAAUGUGCAUACUUUGGCGCACCCGCAAAUUGCCAAGGCUUGGCGUGCUCUUUCAAGUCUCUCUGUAAAUAAUUCCUACCUAAGACCUGGCAUUACUCCUCCAGUUGAUGAUGGUGCCACUAAUGGCUCAUAUUCUGCAAAAGAGAGAUCCACUGUGAAAGUUACAUGUAGCACUGAUGGUUCUUUUUAUCCGAACAGUCGGCAAAAUCAAAGUCACAUGAGUGUUUCAGGAACUGGAAGACACUUCCACAGUUCCUCUGCCCCUGGUGAAGAGAAAUUUGUUGCUGAAAAGUUUGCACGGGUAAAUGGUGAGGUGAGAGAAUCGGAAACCAGUUCCACGCAUUUAAAUGGUUUGGAGAAUCCAUUCAGGAAUUCUGCAUUCCCAGAUGAGCAGUUGGAAUCUGGUGAAGCAUUUCUUGAUGACGAUGAUAUACUUAUGAAUAUUGAUCUCGACCAAAUUGCGAUGGAACACUACCAAUCAACAAGUACUCAACCAUCAGUAUCUAAUUUUCCAUUGAGAAAUCCACCUGUGGAUAGAAGUGCUUCCAGAAGAGAAGAAGAAUGUCUGCCUCCUGAAUUAUGUUUCAACUGUAGUCAUGGAAUAAAGCUAGGGCUUUGUCCAGAAGCUUCAACCCAUUUGGAGCAAAUGAAGAACGUGUUGAUUGCAGUAUCAAACGAACUCCUUGACGAUGAUACUGAUCUGAGUCCUGAUCGUGCUAAACAGCUUCGUCAAGAGAGGUUACAGCUGAAGAAGCAAAUUCAACAGCUCGAAAACCAUAUCCGAGAUAAAGAAAGACAAAAACCUCAGUCUUUGUCAUCUGCACCCACUCCUGGUUUCCAGUUUGAAACACCUAAAUCAACAAACCGAAAAAUGGAUCUUCCACAAACUGAAUUUCAAGCACAUCUUAGUGAGCAAGGCAGAUAUGCAUGUGAUAGCUGGAACAUGCCAAGAGAUUCUUCGUUUUCUGUAGAUAGGUAUGGUCUUUCAUCUGCUCCUGUGGAGAGGGAACAAUAUGUUCCGAGGAUUAUUGACGUGACGUACACUGAAGGUUCAAACGACAAAAAGUGGAGCAGUAGUGAUUUUCCUUGGACGAGAAAAUUGGAGGUUAGUAACAAAAAGGUGUUUGGAAAUCACUCGUUUCGACCAAACCAGAGAGAAAUCAUCAAUGCUACAAUGAGUGGCUCUGAUGUUUUUGUUUUGAUGCCAACUGGAGGAGGGAAGAGUUUGACGUAUCAGCUCCCCGCUCUGAUCUGUAAAGGAAUAACAUUAGUCAUUUCUCCACUCGUGUCACUUAUUCAAGACCAGAUAAUGAACCUAUUGCAGGCCAAUAUACCCGCUGCUUCCCUAAGUGCCGGCAUGGAAUGGGCUGAACAACUAAAGAUCUUUCAGGAGCUUAGUUCCGAGCAUUCUAAGUACAAAUUACUAUAUGUCACGCCCGAAAAAGUGGCAAAAAGCGAUUCUCUUUUGAGGCAUCUAGAAAGCUUAAAUUCUCGUGGUUUGCUAGCUCGAUUUGUUAUUGAUGAAGCUCAUUGUGUGAGCCAAUGGGGACAUGACUUUCGACCAGACUACCAGAGUCUUGGUAUUCUGAAGCAGAAGUUUCCCAACAUUCCCGUACUAGCUUUAACAGCUACUGCAACAGCCAGUGUGAAAGAAGACGUUGUACAAGCCCUUGGUCUUGUAAACUGUGUUGUGUUCCGGCAAAGUUUUAAUCGCCCAAAUUUAUGGUAUUCCGUUGUUCCCAAGACAAAAAAGUGUCUGGAAGAUAUUGACAAAUUCAUCAAGGAAAACCAUUUUGAUGAAUGUGGAAUUAUAUAUUGUCUUUCAAGAAUGGACUGCGAGAAAGUCGCUGAAAAGUUGCAGGAUUUUGGUCAUAAAGCAGCAUUCUACCAUGGCAGUAUUGAGCCUGCUCAGCGUGCCUUAGUACAGAAACAAUGGAGCAAGGAUGAAAUCAAUAUAAUAUGUGCUACUGUGGCGUUUGGAAUGGGAAUCAACAAGCCUGAUGUCCGCUUUGUUAUUCAUCACUCGCUCCCGAAGUCUAUAGAAGGCUAUCAUCAGGAAUGCGGUCGUGCUGGCAGGGAUGGCCAGCGGUCAUCUUGUGUUUUGUAUUACGGUUAUGGCGACUAUAUACGAGUAAAGCAUAUGAUUAGCCAAGGAGGAGUUGACCAAAGCCCCAUGGCAUCUGGUUAUAAUCGUGUAGCAAGUUCAGGGAGGAUACUUGAAACGAAUACUGAAAAUCUUCUCCGCAUGGUUAGUUACUGUGAAAAUGAGGUGGACUGCCGACGUUUCUUACAACUAGUCCAUUUUGGGGAAAAAUUUGACUCCACAAACUGCAAAAAAACGUGUGAUAAUUGUUGCAGUAGUCAGAGUUUGAUUGACAAAGAUGUCACCUUGAUUACAAAGCAACUGGUUGAACUGGUGAAGCAAACAGGAGAAAGGUUUUCUUCAUCUCAUAUUCUUGAAGUCUACAGAGGUUCCUUAAACCAAAUGGUCAAGAAACACAGACAUGAGACUUUGCAGCUCCAUGGAGCUGGAAAACAUUUAUCGAAAAUUGAAGUCUCCCGUAUCAUGCACUAUCUCGUAACAGAGGACAUUCUUGUGGAAGAUGUUAGGAAAAGUGAUAUGUAUGGAACUGUUUCAUCGUUGCUCAAGGUGAAUCAUUCAAAAGCUGCAUCACUCUUUUCUGGAAGCCAGACCAUAAUGAUGAGAUUCCCUUCUUCUGGAAAAGUAUUAAAGCCGAGUAAACCCGCAGCAACCCCAGCAAAAGGUCCGAUAACAUCAGCAGCAGAUGCUCCUCCAGAAGAUUUGAAUCUCUCCGUCAGAAUGUACACGGCCUUGAGGAAGCUUCGUACGCUCCUCGUCAAAGAAGCCCCUGACGGUGUCAUGGCGUAUCAUAUAUUCGGCAAUGCAACGCUUCAGCAGAUGAGUAAGAAAAUUCCGAGAACCAAAGAGGAACUCCUCGAGAUAAGUGGCCUUGGGAAGGCCAAAGUAAGCAAGUACGGUGAUCGAUUGUUGGAAACAAUAGAGUCAACGGUCAGUGAGUACUAUGGAACCAAUAAGAAAGACUCUGUCAUUAAUAAUGACAGUCCGGAUUCAGGGAAGAGGAGAAGAGACGAGAACAUUAGUCCAAAUGUAGCCGGGGAUGAUGAUUUCGCAGAGAGCUCAACCCAGGCCUGCAAAAAAGCAGUGAGAAACAAAAGCAAUGAGGCUCGUCGAGGUGAAAAUGUAGAUGGAUAUGGAGUAGGUAUGGUCAUGGACAAGCUUGAUUUUGAUUUCGAAGACGAAGAUGGGUCAGAGAUACGACCAGAGGGAAGAGUACUACCUUGGUGAAACUAUGAUCACUGUGAAAUUUUAUUUGUAAAGAAUUUUUCGCUGCACGUUUUUGUAAACUUGUAUGGCCUACUCGGCUACUCUAUUGUACCUUAAUGUUCAGUAUAUUGCAGAAAGUAUUUGUGAU